AAACAUAUUUUAAAUUCAAUAAUUUCUAUGCCCAAUUUAACAUAGGCCUAUAUUUGUUUGUUAAAUGAUUUUGACUUUAAUAUUAGGAGACUUCGCAGUAACAUACAGUCUCCUGAUGAAAAUAAAUGGCCUAUAAGCUAAAAGAAAACUAUUACAUUUGCAAAAAGAAUAUAACCAUCUCGAUUAUUAAAUGUAUUGCUUAAAUGUUCUAUUUUCAAACAGUGAUAAAAAUAAUAGACUCUGAAAGGUAAACUAAACUAAUAUUUAAACAAUAGAGUCGAGUGUAAAUUUCUUCGUAAAGUUGUUUAUCAUUAUAUUUAUUAUUACAUGAUCAUUAUUACCAAGCAUAUUUUAAUUCGCCUUAAUAUACUUUUAGAAAAUAUCAAAGGGCUUUGGAAUUUGGAAGCAAUGACAGAAAUAACUGUUGAGGAUAUUGAACUCCAAUCAAAAUGGAGUCGGAUCACCCAUUUGGAUUCAUUAUUGUUACGUAACGAUAGCAGACCUUCAGGGUCAGAAGUAUUAAACAUCUCAAACUCAAGCUUUACCAAUAAAACACUGUUAUAUGUAAUGAAAUAUGACUCAGAAGAAACUAUAGGCAAAGAUAAUGAUGACCAAAAUGGACAUAUGAUUCGAAUGCUUCGCCAAGAACCGAUGUCAGACGUUCGUCCAUUUCACGUAAAACCAAAGAGCAAAUGGUCGAUGUUUGAUGAAAUUGACAAAAUAUCAGUUAAAACACCGUCUAUACCGUUUUUAAAAUGUAUGAUGAUCACCACUACAAUAUUUCUUGUGCUUAAAUGGUUCGUAUUACGAAAGUGGUUGUCAAAGGUGUACGGUGUAAAAUCAAUUACUAAGUAUAUGCUGUUGUUCCUGAUUAUCCACUCCCUGGUAUACCUAAGUAACGUCUACUUAUGAAAAACGGAAUUGUUGACAAGUUAAAAGCACGGAGACGGUAUCAGUAUUAAGCUUGGUUUCCAUACCGAUACAAUCGCUACACACUAUCGCCGAGAGCGUUCGGUGAUGCUGAUUGGUCGGUCGAAUCGGGGAGCCUUCCAGAUUGCGUUGAAAAAAUUGUAGCGACAGUGUAACGAUUUUAAGGAAACUUGGCUUUAAACAUAAGGCCUAUACUGCCAAUCGCGAAAUAAGAAAACCUUAAGCUUGAAUCUAUAAAGUUGAUUUGUUAUUAAAAAACGAUCAAAUAAGCUUUUUUUUUUAUUGUCAAUUUAAACUGACUACCAUGAAAUUAAGGUUUAUUCGAAGAAUAUAUAUAUAUAUUUUAAGUUCUAGAAAAAGUUUUUCUUAAAUUGAAUAUCUUUCAUUUUUUUACAUGAUUUGGAAGUACCUCUAUAAUAACUACAUUAUCUAUAAAAUGUUACUUUGAAAAUAGUGCAGUCGCCUGGUAUUUUGAUAACAAUAUUUUGUUCGGGUUAUAUAGGUAAACCCAAUAUGGAAGAUUGUUCAUAUGCCUAUUCGAGUACGGUACUGCUUAUUAUUUAUCUAUUUGUUUAAAUUGUGUUAACGGUGCUACAACGCUAACCUAAUAUAUAUAGGUUGUAUGCAUCUAUCUAUCUAUCUAUCUAUCUAUCUAUCUAUCUAUCUAUCUAUCUAUCUAUCUAU